CCAAUCGCCUAUACUUUCCGCAUUUAACUUGGAUGACAUUUUUAUUUCGUCAUUAGCAUCAGACGCGACACCGGCUCCGCGGGUUCUGCGUUCGAGUCCGGGAUGAUACAUCUGGCACGGUGCACGCUUUUUGCCUCUCUUUUUGCAGCCUCGCAAUCCGCCAUCUCUCAAUAAAGCACCGAGAAGACAACCGAACUGAAGAGGAAUUCCAUUUUAAUUUUUAAAAAAAUUAAAAAAAAAUAGAAACUCACCCUCAUUUUUGUGGUUCUCACCUCCGCGCGUUCCCGCCACCGCCAUGCCCGAGACCACGCAGGAAGCUCCCGCCAAGGACUCCCCCUUCUUCAUCAAGAACCUUCUCAACUGCGACAGCAAACCCCCGAAACCGAAACCGGUGCUCGCGGCCUCCAAAGCGGCCCUGGAGGCUGCGGGGGGUUUCUCCUUGUCCCAGGUGGCUGACUUCGGCUUCCCUCGCUUCGAGCUGCCGGCGCAGAGGUUCACUCUACCGGCCCACUACCUGGAGCGGACGUCGGCGUGGUGGUACCCGUACGCCCUCAACUCGUCUGCACACAUCCACAGAAGUGACGUGGCAGAAAAACUGUCAAUCAGAGACUCGUCCCCGACAUCCGGUACAGACAGGGACUCUCCAGAACUGGUCCUAAAGUCCGAACCAGACGCUAAAGACGAGGACGACGACGACGAGCACACAGCCAGCAAAAGCGGCGACGAGAUCAUCCUGGAGGAAAGCGACUCCGAGGAGACCAAAAAGGACGAAAUGGACGACUGGAAGAAGCGAAGCGACGACGACAAGAAGCCCUGCCGCAAGAAGAAGACUCGAACCGUGUUCUCCAGGAGCCAAGUGUUCCAGUUGGAGUCCACCUUCGACAUGAAGCGCUACCUGAGCAGCUCCGAACGCGCGGGGUUGGCUGCUUCCCUGCACCUGACCGAAACCCAAGUCAAGAUCUGGUUCCAGAACCGCAGGAACAAGUGGAAGAGGCAGCUGGCCGCGGAGCUGGAAGCCGCGAACCUGAGCCACGCAGCCGCGCAGAGGAUAGUGAGGGUCCCCAUCCUCUACCACGAGAACUCGGCCUCGGAGGGCGCCGGUGCCACCCCCAGCGUGCCUGCCAGUCAGCCGCUGCUCACCUUCCCGCACCCGGGGGUCUACUACUCGCACCCCAUCGUCACCUCCGUACCUCUGCUGAGACCUGUGUGAGAGACACCCCCCCGAAAAAAAAACAAAAAACUAAGAACUUCAUAUUUUUGUACUCCGGAAGAAAAAAAAAACAACAAUGUAAGGCCUGUUUCUUUGAUUUCCCAUCACGUGAUGCGACGAUUCAAGCCCAUUUUUUAUUAUAAUUCACGAUUAUAUCAUCUCAGGACUCUACCUGCUUACACUGCCUAAAGAGUGUCUUAUAUUUUUAUUUAUUUUUUAUUUACAGCCCACCCUUCAUAAACACAACAGGCCUGCAUCUCAAUAAAUUAUUCAAUAAAUCCUACACCACUUUUUUAAUUUUAUGGAUUUUUUUUUAAAAAGAAAAUUAAAUUCAGAAUGAAUAAAUAACAUUAUUAAAAUAUCCCGUUAGUCUUUUAGCAACUACUGAUGUUAUAUCCAAGAUCGUCUAAUUUAUUGAGAUGCUACUGUUCAAACCAUUACGUGCAAUACGCCUACGCCCCAUUUUUUUUUAAUUCCAUAAGGAUUCUAUUGUGUUCAGCUUGGACCAAGAGCUCGACGGGUGACAAUCAAGACACUCUCAACUGUAAAUUGUACCCCCCCCCCUUCACCCCCACACUUUGCUGUAUAUGUUUAGUUUUAGGGAAUCCUGCUCCUUUCUUUUUUUUAUUUUUUUAUUCUAAAGCGUCGACUACACUGGUGUAUAAAAUGAUGUAAAUGUAUAUAUUUAAUUAAGGAAGAGGAGCCAGGAGAUUUUUUUUUCGUUUUUGUUUGUACAGAUUAAAAAAAAAAAACGUUUUUUGAUAUUGUAUUGAUGAACCGAUG